CUCGCCGCGGCCGGGCCCGCCCCUCGGCUGAGGGGCAGCGCGGCGGCGCCCGCCCGCGCCCCGCGGGUAUAAAGGUGCGGGCGGAGGGCGCGGAGCUACUCUUGCUGCGUGCCGAGCCGUUGGGCGAUCUCGCUGGGCGCGGAGGAUGUUGCCGAUCGGGAAGACCGCGAAGCAGGGCAAAAGGGGUAUUCUAGAGCGCUUAGAUGCUGGAGAAAUUGUGAUUGGAGAUGGAGGAUUUGUCUUUGCCCUUGAAAAGAGGGGAUAUGUAAAAGCUGGACCUUGGACCCCUGAAGCAACUGUAGAACACCCAGAAGCAGUUCGUCAGCUUCACCGGGAAUUCCUCAGAGCUGGAUCAAAUGUUCUACAGACAUUUACCUUUUAUGCCAGUGAGGACAAACUAGAGAACAGGGGAAAUUAUGUAGCUGAGAAGAUAACUGGCCAGAAAGUUAAUGAAGCUGCUUGUGACAUUGCAAAAGAAGUGGCUAAGGAAGGUGAUGCCUUAGUGGCUGGAGGAGUCAGUCAAACACCAUCAUACUUAAGUUGCAAGGAUAAAGUUGAGGUCAAAGCAAUCUUUCGAAAGCAGCUAGAAGUCUUUAUGAGAAAGGAUGUGGACUUCCUGAUUGCAGAGUAUUUUGAACAUGUUGAAGAAGCUGUCUGGGCAGUUGAAGUGCUAAAAGAAUCUGGCAAGCCAGUUGCAGCUACAAUGUGCAUUGGUCCAGAGGGAGACAUGCAUGGUGUGCCACCCGGACAGUGUGCUGUCCAGCUGGCAAAGGCUGGUGCUUCUAUUGUUGGAGUCAACUGCCAUUUUGACCCAGAUAUUUGCCUGAAAACUGUGAAGCUUAUGAAAGAGGGCUUGGAGACUGCUAAACUGAAAGCAUACUUGAUGUCUCAACCACUUGCUUUCCAUACACCUGACUGUGGGAAGCAGGGAUUUAUUGAUCUUCCAGAAUUUCCCUUUGGUCUGGAGCCAAGAGUUGUCACUAGAUGGGAUGUUCAAAAAUAUGCAAGAAAGGCCUACGACUUAGGAAUUCGUUACAUUGGGGGCUGCUGUGGAUUUGAGCCAUAUCACAUCCGAGCAAUAGCUGAGGAGCUGGCUCCUGAAAGAGGUUUUCUGCCUGAAGCUUCUGAGAAACAUGGUAGCUGGGGCAACAGCCUCAGCAUGCAUACCAAACCCUGGGUCAGAGCAAGGGCAAGAAAAGAAUACUGGGAGAAUCUGAAGCCUGCUUCAGGCAGGCCAUAUUGUCCUUCAUUGUCAAAGCCAGAUGGCUGGGGAGUAACCAAAGGAGCCAAAGAGCUGAUGCAGCAGAAAGAAGCAACAACUGAACAACAGCUGAAGGAGCUCUUUGAGAAACAGAAGAUCUAAUCCACUGCAGUUGCCUAAAUGUUAGAAUGAUUUAUCUACAGAGCAUCUUAUAUUUCACAAGAGAGAAUUAGUGAAGAUGAGUACCCUGAUAAUUUAUCAGUUAACGUGCAAUGAGAAGGACAAAAUGUAGAGAGAAUGUGAUUACGAAUUAAAUAUGUCAAACUUUGACAAUAAAAUGUUUGGACAAAUAGUUUAGAAACGCCCCAAUCAGAAGGAGGUGUGGAUUCUCGUAGUAAUUGAGCUACUCUAACUACUGUACUUUAGCUAAGUGCCAUUAAUUGGGUGGACACUAAAAUACAUGUUGGCUCUAAAUACUAAUGGGCUCAACUCACCAGUGAAAAAGAAAGAAAAAACCAUCUAUAAAUACUGUAUAACUGGAUUCCCACUCCUAGCCUAUAUUCAGCUUAGGACUAUGUAAGAGCUUCUUCAGAACUCAGUAUUUGUUGAGGGGAACUUCAGGCACAUGCGAGUUAGUGAUGCUUCAGACACGCAGUUAUCAAUAGUCAUCUCCUUGACUUCAAGAGAAUAAAGUAAACUGAAAAAGAGAUCUUGGAAACUGAAUCAAAAGACAAGGAAAAUGAGAAUGGGAUUGUGUAGGAGUUUCUUAUAUGCAAGAAAAAAAAGAUUGAGAGAGAACUUUCAGGAAACAAAAAUGUCAGGUAAAAAAAAUCUCAUUGUUUUGGUGUCAAGGUGCUGUAUACACAGGAUUUCCUCCUCUGGAAACUAAAAGACUUAAAUUUUUCUGAAUUUUUUUUAAAAAAUGAACAAACACUAUUCUGUGUUACUUUUUAUGUUUUAAGGUAUGCAAAUAAUAAAAAGAAUACAUACCUCCAGUAAACAAUUGUAAAUUUCAAAUGAACCAGCUGGUUUUUUUAAUAUUUCACUUGAAACACUUGCUUAUCUCAAAAUGGCACUUAAAACUAAAAGAUUCCUAAAAUGUAGUAAAAUUCAAAAACCUCCUUUUUCAAAGGGUUAUAAAACAUUCCAUGAUUGGGGCGGGGGGGAGUGGUGGUGGUUGUUGUUUUUAGCAGAUUGAUUCAGUCUAGAGAAAAUCAGUUGUAGACAUGAAAAAUACUGUUAGGAAAUAGAUUAAUCAGUGUACUUCGGUACACUGAACUUGUUAAGAUGAAUUUUCCUGGGAAGGGCAUCACAUACUCUUCAAAACCAUAAAAGAUACAGUUCUGUAGCUUAUUUUUUUGAAACACCACAAAAUUUAGAUAGUCUCUAGAAUCUCAUUCUCGCCCAUUCUAUAUUAAAGUCACUACCUUCAUGGAAAAAAAAAAUCAUCCUUUAAGUUAGAUUGUUGAAAGCUUUUGUUGGGCUAUGUUUUAUGGGUAAGCCCACAUCAUUAUUGCUAUGUUGGUAUUCUGCAGUUCAGGAAACAUCUUAGUAUAACAUUUUAAUAGGAAACUUCAGAUAUCCUUUUCAGGUUGUUAUUGGUUGACAUAUUUUAGAGAAACUCACCUGCCUUUACCAUGUUUGUAAUAGGUUAAACUAGUUAUUACCUGGAGAAUUUGCCUUAAAGCCAAAAACAGAGAAAUCAAGGAAGCGGAUACUUUUAAAUAUAGCUUAUGUAGAAAGCAUCCACAUAAGUGUGUUUGAUUAAACCCCUUUCCUUCCUAAAUUCUUCUGCAAGUCCUCCCUGCAGAAAGUGGAAUGAUGCAAAAUCUGCAAAACACCACCCAAAUGCACACAAUAUGAAUGAGGUAUGCAUGACAAGGUGGCUUAAAAUUGAUAAAGAAGUGCUUUGGGCAAUCGUUAUCAGUUUAGGGACUUCCUGAGGCAAAGGAUGCAGCUGGAUUAUUUAAAAAGAAUCCAAUAUUCAAAAAAACUCCCAUUGUAGAGAAUAUGAGAUCAUUUUGCAAAUCAGAUGUUUAAGAACCAUGGCAUUUAAGAAGAUGCUCAAAUAUGAUUUUAGGCACUUACUUUUAGAUACCCAGUUUAAAUAGGACCAUCUUUUAAAAGAUACGAAUGAUGACAGGAAACAUUAUGAAGAAGUUUAGAAGCCAUUCAAGUUGAGAGCUGACCCGACAGGGAAGCUACCCAAUCCCUGUUUGAUACCUGUCAUUGGCUGGGCUUAGAAAGGCAUUGAGCAUGGGAUGAAAACGCAUUGAGAGGGUGUUCCUUACUGAUCUUUGUGUGAUACAUCACUAAAGAACCUGCAAACUGUUGUGAAGAAAAAAGGGAGUAGCAAAGCCAGCAAAGCUUUAUUUCCCAUUUCUUUCUGUGCAAAAUCUUUGUGAGGGAUAAGGGAACUGUUAGCUUUGUUAAAGCUUGCCACUGGUCUUGCCAUUGAGUAACAUGACACAGACUGCACAAUCUGAGAAAACUUGUUUCCUUAGGAAGUCUGUCUGAAAACUUAGAUAAUUAAAACUGAAAGAGGCUUUAGAAGGUCACCUGGUGUAUUUAUUAUCCUAAGGCAGGAUCAGCUAGCUGUUCAUAGGAGAUGUUUGUCUAACCUGUCUAGAAAUACACCUACCGAUGGAGAUUCCAUGCCAUCCCCAGGCAAUCUGAUUAUUCCACUCUCCUUAGCAAUUUUUUCCUAGACUGAAUACUCACUGAUGGAUUUUAAAUCCAUUAUUUCUUUCUAGUUCAUUAUGGAUAUGAAGAAUUUAUUCCCUUUGAAGGUUUACAUUUCUUGUUUCACUCUCUCAAUUAAACAGUCCCUGUUCAUUCAUUCUUUCCCCAUUGCCUUUGUUUGAGCCUGUGAUGUAUCAUAUCCCACAAAAUCAGCUUCGUCAGAUCUUCUCUCGGAACUUUCUAGCUCUAUAUUUUUUACCUGGCAAGAGAAGUGAAGAGAUCUAAACCUUGGAAGUUCAGAUCCAAAAAUGAAAGUCUGAUGUCAUCUAAAGAAUAAACCCUUACAAGGCUGAAUAUAAGGACAAGAGGGAUCCAGAUAAACUGUACUUUCUACACGUUCACAGUCCUACACAUGAGAAAAUGGCUAUAUUUUUAGUCAGCUCCAAAAUUCUCAGUAACCCCAUGCAAAGAUAAAGUUUGUCUUGUUGCCUGAAUACAUGUAGUUUAAUAGUCAGAUAUGCUUUCUCCCAUCCUGUUUGUCCGAUGAAUCUGUAAACUGUAGGAAAGUAAGGAAACUCCAGAUAAAGGUAUAAAAUCACAGUAAACACAGGGCUUUUUUCCUGUUCCUUUGGGAGGAGUCUUUUUAAAAAGUCCUACCUAAUCAGAAGUCUCUAUGUACCAUGUAUGUCUUUUUAAAGCCCUUUAUAACUUAUGCUUUCUUUUUCAACACUAUACACAAAUGCAGCUGCAGGUUUGGUGACAUUUUUUACCUAAGCAUGAGAUAAAGUGGUUUCAUAUAUCAGUCUUGUUCUACUCCAUUGACUCUGUAGAAUAUUUAACAUAAACUAAUCUUAUUUCAAUCUGCAAUGUGUUAAAAUAUUUUCAGUAUAGAUUCUAUUGAAAUAGGAAGGGCAGAAUAUUACCAUAAAAUAUAUUAUUUCAGGAUCUUGCUUCAUUACAAAAAUUAUUCUGUAUUACUGUUUCUUUUGUGUUCCAUUUUAUUGACCGAGAUGUCAUCUAACAUAAUAAGUUUUAUAAGAGAUAGUAAUCUGCAGCUCAUACAAUUUCACGGAAUUUGGUCAACAGUGGGUGAUGUGUAUACAUGUAACUCCUGGGACACACAGUCUGUGCCAAUCAAUUACCUCACAUAUUUAGGAAUCAGAAGAUAGAAUUUUAGUAUAUUUUGGCCAACUCCACUCUGGAGCUUAUUUGUCUAGCAAAGUCACAUAUCUGAAAAAGAAAGCAACAGAAUUUGAGGCUAUCAGAGUGGAUGAUAGUUGCUAAGAAAUGUAUGUUUGGAAUAGGGAGAAGAAUCAUGAGUCUAUCUUAUCACUAAUAAAGUAAUAGCAAACACACAUUGAUCAAAACAUGCUCUACAAACAAUACCUGAUAUUGAUGAUUGUUCCAAGAGUAUUUUUCAGCAUUCAUCUGCAAACAUUUGCAUGUUAGCAUUUCAGUUCAGUGAAAAAGAGACCAACUGGAAACUGAAACACGAGAAGAAGAAAUGGUGAAAGUUAAUAAAAUCUGCUUUGCAAUUUAUCUGUUUGCAAAUCAAGCGAGUACUAGAAAGAGACCCAACCUGUUCAGCCUUGUAGGCUAGUCUUUGCUUUUCGACAGCCAAGGUAACAAGUGUUAUGGCAGAUAUUAUGUUAAAUCUCAUGAUCUUUUUUUAAAAUUUUCAAUCAAACAAAAAAGCAAGGCAGUUCCACCCAAGAAAGAACAAGUGUCUUACAGUUUUUAGAUAUUCUUAAAGAUCAGGCAUAUGUUAUCACUGUGAAAACAUUAAUUACAAACACUGUUAGUAAAAGGCUAUCUUAAGAGUAAUCUAAAGAUAAAUUUUUGAUAAGCAAAAGCUAAAUCUAUAAACAUAUAUUUUUAGUAAUGUUUUAAUAUAAGAGAACUGUAUCAGCCUGGAACUAUAUCAGCCUAAAAGUGCAUUUGUUGAUGCAAGCUGUUAAUACCUGACAGUGAUUCUUUGUGUUUCAUGAAACUAUGCAUAAUUAUUGUCAUCCAGAUUGUUAAAUUCAGAUUGAAAAUAAAUAUACCAGUUUAUGUCCUUGCUCAGUGAUCAGAACAUUAGUAAAAUGUAAUAUUAUAGUUAUAGAUGUUAUAUACAGUUAUAGCAUAAUGAUGUUAGAAGAACACUUAAAGAAAGGCUUGUAUACAGAAAACCUUGCAUGUUCCUUUCAAUUAUGUCAUUUGGUCCUUUCUUUCUGUAAUAUGAUAUUUCUUAAUAGUAUGGCAGUACUACAACUUUACAGAAUAUUAAAGAUGUGUCCUAUUAAGGCAAAAACUCUUUAAAAAUCUUGCUUCUCACAAUGUGAUUUCUGCUCAGACUGGUUUUCUGUAUGAUGAAAUUUCAUUAAAUUGUACUUUAAAUAUAUAGGCUGGUAGAAAUACAUGCAAAUGCUUCCUCCUUGUGGUUCACUGUGGCUAAAGAAUGAGAGACACUGGAAUCUCAAAUGGCUUGACAGUUUUGUGUACACAGAUAGACAUUAGAAAAGCAAUUUAUAUUUCAGCGCAAACUCAAUCACACUUAUAUAUGUUACUUAAGGAAAUGUUUUCUUUCAAAGAACUGUCAAAGAUAAUAAAGUCUCCAAUUGUGCAACA